CGGCCGCAGCCGGCCUCAGGAGUCCAUGCCGAGCCCCUUGGCCGGAAUCCAUUCCGGCCUCGUUCGGGUGCUCCGGGGAAACGGCACCGUUGGUGGAUCAGCCAUCUCCACAGUCCACAAGCCAAGUCAGAGGGGACUUCUUGGCUCAUGUCGGUGCAGAUUGGAAUCGGUAGAGGGGUUGCUCUCACCUUCCGUUAUCGGCUCUAGUUCAGGCGUCCAUAGUGUAUUGUACAUCGAAGGGCGGAUGGAUAGUAGUGUGGAUGAAUUGAGGAAAUUCAAGAUUUAAAAAAUAAAAAGGAGUGAGUGCACCGAAUGCAUCCACCCCUUCCGUCAUUGACCAACCUCACCACAUCUCAUUCCACAAUCAACAAACAUAUCGUAAUUCGUAAAUGGCCGACCCGUCCACGUCGCCCCCGCUCACGCGGGCAUCGGUGCAGGCCGCGCUGAAGCUGAUCGAGCCGUACGUGCACAAGACGCCGGUGCUGACCAACACAAGCCUGAACCGACUGGCGUCGGCCCCGCGGACCGCCGCCGAGCUCGAGGGGACCGAGUGGGCGGGCCAAACUCCGGCCAAGCCCGUGCUGCGAUUCUGGUUCAAGUGCGAGAACCUCCAAAAGAUCGGCGCUUUCAAGGCCCGCGGCGCAUUCCACGCCAUUGAGCGCCUCAAGCUGGAGCCCGGGUGGGAAGAGAAUGGUGGCCGUGAAAGGGGCGUUGUGACACACAGCUCGGGCAACCACGCCCAAGCCCUCGCCUUCGCAGCCCAAACCUCCCGCAUCCCCUGCCACAUCAUCACGCCGCACAGCUCCUCGCGCGCCAAAAUCUCGGCGGCACGCGACACCUACGGCGCGCACAUCACCUUCUCCGGGCCGACCCACCCGGAGCGCCAAGCCGUGUGUGACGCCGUCGCCGCCCAGACCGGCGCCCGCUUCGUGCCCCCCUACAACCACCCCGACAUCAUCCUGGGCGCGGGCACGGCGGCGCUCGAGCUACAGGCGCAGUUUUUUGCCUCGCCUAAUAAUAACAGUGGGAGGAGGAGGCUGAAUGCGAUCAUCACGCCGUGUUCCGGGGGUGGGUUGCUGUCCGGCACGGCGCUGAGUUGCGAGGGGACGGGGAUUCUGGUGUUUGGUGCCGAGCCAAGCUAUCAGGGUGCUGACGAUGCACGGAGAGGGUUUUACUCGGGCAAAAGGAUAGAGUUUGUCAAGAGUGAGACCAUUGCGGAUGGGCUGCGCACGCCGCUCGGGGAGAUUCCCUGGGGGGUUAUUUACGAGCGAAGGCUGGUGAAGGGCAUGUAUAGUGUUGGGGAGGAGCAGAUCAAGGCCGCCAUGCGGCUCGUCUGGGAGCGUAUGAAGCUUGUUGUUGAGCCGAGUGCCGUUGUGGGGUUGGCGGUGGCGUUGUAUAAUGAGGAGUUUCGGCGCAUGGUUGAGGUGGAGGGCGGAGAGGAAGGGUGGGAUCUAGGGGUUGUGUUUAGUGGAGGGAACGUGGAUCUCGAGAAGGUGGCUGACUUGUUCGCCUGAGCAUCAUGAUCUUCUCGAGGUGAGAAAACAUGAUAUGUUGCACCAAAUCGCAUCACCAUCUAGCCUAGCACAUCGGCUCGAGUAUAUGUACAGAGGACAAUUGCGAGUGCGCCACCAUUAUUAA